AUGAAUACUACAACUAUAGCAACAGUAGUUGUACCUACAACUACUACAACUACGACUACAACUACAAUAUCAACACCACCAACAGCAAGACAAUUAAGAUUAACACUCAAAACAAAGAAGAAAAAGAGAGUUCAAUGGAGUGAAGACACUGUAGACAAUGAAAAUAUGAGUAAAAAGAAAUCAAAGAAAUGUUGUAUAUUUCAUAAAAAGAAACCAUUUGAUGAGAGUAGUGAUGAAAGUAGUGGAGAUGAAAGAAAAGAAGUAACAGAAAAAGAUCUUGGAUGUUGUUUAGAUUGUAGUUGUAGUCAUACUGAAGAACAUGAACAUGAACAUGGUGAAGAUGGACAUGAACAUGGCGAUGAUGAAAAGAAGAAGAGUGACCAUGACAAUGGUCAUCACCACUCACACGAACAUUCCAGCAAUCAUAAUGGACAACCUUGCUCUGCUGAGCAAUAA